AUGAAGGCCUCGCUUGCUAUUGCUAUACCUGGCUCUCCAUCAAGCCUCUGGACAACCGUGCGUUCGGUUGGCGUAUUCAAUGUCGCUUGUUCAUUUGUAGCACUGUGGACUUUCGUCAAAGUGAUAAGGGCACUUCGCUGGCGAUUGAGAACGACUCAACUCCGUGGUCCACCUCGUACCAGCUUCAUAUACGGUGUUUCGAAUGACAUCGCCUCAUCUAAAGACAGUGCUACAAUGUAUGAACAUUGGGCGCAGGAAUAUGGGGUAGCGUACAUGAUUCCGUCGGUCCUCGGACAGACCAGAAUCGUGCUAAGUGACCCAAAAGCUAUCGCACAUUUUUAUGCCCGGGAAUCAUGGACCUAUGUGCAGACACCCCUUUCUCUGGCGCUGAUAGAGAACCUGGUCGGCAGAGGGUUACUGUGGUCUCAGGGUGAGAGUCACAGGAGGCAGCGGAAGGCCCUUACUCCGGCUUUUAGCAAUGCAGCUAUUCGGACACUCACUUCAGUGUUUUAUGAUUCAGCAUAUAAGGUCAAGAGUGCAUGGAACACCGAUCUAGAAUCGAGCAAAGAUGGGAAUGCUGUCAUUGAAGUUCAAAACUGGAUGAAUCAUAUCUCUUUGGAUACGAUUGGCAUCGCUGGUUUCUCCCAUGAUUUUGGCUCACUCGACGGAAAGCAUGCCAGUGUUACGGAAGUCUUCGAUACUUUCGGAAACAACCCACAGGCCUCAGCAGUGACCAAAAUUUUAUUACUGCUCGCGUCGGCGUUUCCUAUUCUUGUCAAGAUACCUACUAAGCGGACGAAGCUGAGGAAUAAACUCAACGUAACUAUGGGCGAAAUAUGCAAUGACUUGUUACUUCGCAGUCGCCGGGAGAAGGAUGUGAAUAUAAAAGAGGUCGAAGAAGAAAAAUCUAUCAUCGGACUACUAAUCAAAGCUGAAGGUCAGGAAGCUGAACUUCAUAUGUCCGAGGAGGAAAUAAUGGCUCAGAUGAGGGUCUUGCUUGUCGCGGGUUACGAAACGACGUCAAUUAGUCUUACGUGGGCGCUAAUCGAACUAUCGCGAUACCCCGAGGUCCAAACCCGCCUCAGAGAGGAACUGCUUGCAUUUGGUGCUGAUCCGACAUACGACCAAUUAAAGGCCAACCUUCCAUACUUGGAUGCGGUUGUCCAUGAAAUUCUACGACUCCAUCCUGCGGUACCCCUGUUCACUCGUCGUGCACGUGAAGAUGACGUUAUUCCAUUGAGCGAACCUGUAUGCACGAGGUCCGGGAAAAUGACGGACAGUAUAUCUAUAGCGAAGGGGUCAUCGAUAGUGAUCUCAAUCAGGGCGAUCAAUCGCUCUUCGGCCAUCUGGGGACCUGACGCAAAGGAAUUCAAGCCUGAUCGUUGGUUGACUGAAGACGGCAUCAGUGGGAAGGCCAAGGAAAUCCAAGGUCAUAGGCAUCUGAUGACAUUUGUCGACGGCCCGAGGACGUGUCUUGGAAAAGAUUUUGCGAUCGCGGAAUUCAAGGUGGUAUUGUCGGUUCUGGUGAAAAACUUUGUGUUUGAGAUGCGGGAUGGACCGGAUACCCGGAUCGAGAUUGCGAGGGGACUUUUACCUCGCCCGCGGGUUGUUGGAGAGGACAGUAUUGGAGUGCCUUUGAGAGUUCGUCGGUAUGAAUGA